CAGUCUUGAAUCUGUCCCGCGGUUGCAUGCUCUCCUCUUUGCAAGCGCUGCAAAAGUGCUCAGGACGCGAUGCGAUGCGCGCAGCAGAGUGCACAGAAGCAGACGUGGGGAGUGAAACAGAUUUUUGAGGACAAGGACACGAAAGUGCAAGCUUAGUAACAGAAAGGACACCAGAGAGCCUUGCUUCUAGUCUGUAUUUCCAGUCUUGUUGAACACACGCACCGCAAAAGCUCAACGCAGGAGGUCGCGUGCAUACUGUCUGCUUUUUAUUUAACCAGAACUGUUGAGUGUGAUCAGCCUGGGUUCCGACGCCCCAACGAUGGAACAGCAGUAACCCGCUGAAGAAAUCGAGCUGCCCCGGACGCCGGCGAAUCCAUCCUGCUUAAAAAUGGAUUGUUUUUACACUGAGGUGGAGCGGGCUUUGCUCUAACACCGACGGAUCAUGGCAGGGGUACACUCUUCAGAUGCCUUUUCGGGACAUGUUUUGGAGCCUGCCCUCAGCGCACCGCCAGGGCAGGGCGCGACCAACGUGAUCACCGGCGAUGCGGCAGCUCUGCCUCACACCGCUACGCGGACGUACUUGGAGGUGUCGGCCGCUGCUCAAGGCUAUGGGGCUGAGGGAGUUUAUACCAAUGGACGGCACAGGGAACACGGCAGUCCAAGGAUCGGGAGUGGCAGCCGUGAUAAUUCCGCGGAGAGAAGUCAGGGAGCUGGAAACACUCCUUGCGGUAUCAUGAAGGAUGGCUCCAAGCAGAGGCAGGUGAGGAAGAAAACUGUGUCCUUCAGCUCAAUGCCGAGUGACCGUAAGAUCAACAGCACAGCUGCUUGCAUGGCCUUUAUGAUGGAAGGUUGUGAGAUGAAGAAGGUGCGCUCCAAUUCGCGCAUGUACAAUCGCUACUUCCUGCUGGAUCCGGACAUGCACUGGCUCCGUUGGGAGCCAUCCAAGAAAGAUUCAGAGAAGGCCAAACUGGAAAUCAAGAGCAUUAAGGAGGUCCGUUUGGGAAAGAAAACUCCUGUUCUGCGCAGCAACGGCCUCUCUGAUCAGUUCCCUGAUGAAUGCGCCUUUUCAAUUAUCUAUGGAGAUAACUAUGAGUCCUUGGAUUUGGUGGCUAGUACAGCAGAUGUUGUCAGCACAUGGGUCAUGGGCCUAAGAUAUUUGGUGUCCUAUGGCCGCCACACCGUGGACAUGGUGGAACCAAGUCAGCCAAGCCUACGAACAUCUUGGAUUGGCUCAGUGUUUGAGCUAGCAGAUAUAGAAAAAGAAGGACACAUAGACUUGUUCAGAGCCACUCAAAUAAUCAAAGGGCUCAAUCCUGGAAUGAAAGAGUCUAGGAUAGAGCUGAAGUUCAAGGAACUACAGAAAGCUAAAGACCAAUAUGGAGAAGCAAUUAAUAUGGAUACAUUUGUGGAGGCCUAUUGUGAGCUCUGCACUAGACCAGAAAUUUUCUUCCUGCUGGUUCAGUUCUCUAGUAACAAGGAAUAUCUGGACAGUAAAGAUCUGAUGUUGUUUGUAGAGGUGGAGCAGGGUGUCGAGGGGGUAACAGAAGAAAUGUGCAGAGAUAUUGUUCAGAAGUAUGAGCCAUCUGCUGAGGGCAGAGAAAGAGGCUACCUCUCUAUUGAUGGUUUUACACACUACCUCCUGUCCUCCGAAUGCCACAUUUUCGACCCCCAGCACAAACGUGUGUGCCAAGAUAUGACCCAGCCACUCUCCCACUACUACAUCAACUCCUCACAUAAUGCCUCCCUUCUGGAUGACCAUAUCUGGGGUUCGUCAGACAUCAGCAGCUACAUUCGAGCUCUAAGGAUGGGAUGUCGCAGCAUCGAAGUCAUAGUAUGGGAUGGCCAUGAUAAUGAACCAGUGGUGUAUGUAGGGAGUUCUGUGGCCUCACAACUAGCUUUCUCUAAAGUUCUGGAUAUCAUCAACCAGUAUGCUUUUGAAAGCUCUGAGUAUCCCCUGAUCCUCUGCUUGGUAACCCAUUGCUGUAUCCCCCAGCAAAGGGUCAUGGCACAACACAUGAAGAAGAUUCUUGGAGACAAGCUGUACAUUGAAUCUCCCAACAAAGAGGACAACUACCUACCCUCUCCUGAGAAACUUAAAGGUAAAAUCCUGCUAAAGAGUAAAAAAAUGCCACCCAACUGCACUGAUGCUGAGGGAGAUGUGACAGAUGAGGAGGAGGGUCUGGAAAUGUCCCGUAGAUUUGGAGGUGAUGAGAAGGACCAGUUGAAUGGAUUGGGCUGCAAGAGACUAAGGCUAUGCAAGGAGCUAUCUGACCUUGUGUCUCUCUGCAAGUCAGUACAGUUCAGGGACUUUGAGAUCUCUAAGAGAGACCAAAAAUACUGGGAGAUAUGCUCCUUGAAUGAGGUUGACGCAAACCGAUUUGCCAAUGAGUUCCCAGAGGAAUUUGUCUGUUAUAACAAGCGCUUCCUCUCAAGGGUAUACCCCACACCCAUGAGGAUUGAUGCCAGCAACAUGAACCCUCAGGAUUUUUGGAAGUGUGGGUGCCAGAUUGUGGCCAUGAACUAUCAGACACCAGGCUUAAUGAUGGACCUUAACCUAGGCUGGUUCAGGCAGAAUGGCAACUGUGGAUAUGUUUUACGACCAGCCAUCAUGAGGGAGGAAGUAUCCUACUUUAGUGCCAAUGCUCGCGACUCCUUGCCAGGAGUGUCUGCACAGCUUCUUCACAUCAAGGUGAUCAGUGGGCAGAAUCUGCCCAAGCCUCGUGGCUCUGCUGCUAAAGGUGAUGUGGUGGAGCCCUACAUAUAUGUAGAAAUCCAUGGCAUACCAGCUGACUGCGCUGAACAAAGAACCAAGACUGUAUCCCAGAAUGGAGACAACCCAAUUUUCGAUGAGAGUUUUGAAUUCCAGAUUAAUUUACCAGAACUUGCAGUUUUACGCUUUGUGGUUCUGGAUGACGACUACAUCGGAGAUGAGUUCAUUGGCCAGUACACCAUUCCCUUUGAGUGCCUACAACCAGGCUACAGACAUCUCCCCUUACAAUCUCUUACAGGGGAGUUCCUACCCAAUACCACUCUCUUUGUCCAUGUAGCCAUCACCAACAGGCGGGGUGGUGGAAAGGCACAUAAGAGGGGUCUGUCUGUGAGGAAAGGUCGGAAGGCUCGGGAGUACACCACCACCAAGACUACAGGGAUUAAAGUGGUGGAUGAACUCUUCAGAGCUUCCACGCAGCCCCUCAGGGAAGCUACAGACCUCAGAGAAAAUGUGCAGAAUGCCAUGGUUUCCUUCAAGGAGCUCUGUGGACUGACCCCUGCAGCCAACAUGAAGCAGUGUAUCCUGACUGUAUCAACCUGGCUGAUGAACAGUGAGCGAUCUCUGAGAGUAAUGGUGGACCUGAGUGAGACCUACCCAACGAUGGAAGCUCAGGGUCCUGUGCCUGAGCUAUUACGCAAAGUUCUCAACGCCUAUGACAUGAUGAUCCAGACCAGCAAAAUACUGAUUGAGUCAGCUGAUGUCGUGUACUCUAAGCUCACACAAGCACAACGUGCAGGGCUGGACUUUCAUGAGGACUUGCAUCGCAUUGGAGCCAAGGAGGGUCUAAAAGGCCGCAAACUUCAGAAGGCCAUGGAGAGCUAUGCUUGGAACAUCACUGUGCUUAAAGGCCAAGCAGACCUUCUGAAGCAUGCAAAGAGUGAAGCUCUGGACACUCUGCGUCAAAUCCACUGUGCAGCUCAAUCCUGUGGCCUCAGUAAAAAUGGAGCGGCUUCCCCACAGCUUCAGCACCAUCCUCUCCACCAGCCACCGCAGAUGCAGCCUCAAGCGAAGCCCCAACCACAGCCUCCACCACUGUACCAGUCCCAAACUCAGCUCCAAUCCCAGACCACACCUCAGGCUUAUUUUCACCCUCACCCUCAGCAAUAUGUUCCACUGCAUCCCCAGCUGGCGACUUUCCCUCCUUUUCAAACUGUGUUAAAACCCCCAGCCUAUCCUCAGCCCCCACCCUUACCUUUACCCCAGGUACAGUUUCAGUUACAGAACCAGCAGCAGAGGGCAGCAGGACCUCUCGACACCAUCCCCGAGAGGGAGAAAGAGAUGGUCAGUGACAAUCCUGAAGGAUUCUGCUGACCCGCAGCCUGUGCCCACAGAGAAUCCCACCCAAAGAGAGACAGUGAGAAUCAGAUAGAGAAGCAGAGUUGUGUAGAUGGAAAGCAGAAGGCCAGUAAGGAAAGGGAGAUGGAAGAGGCUGCAGAGAGAGUUACAGAGUUGAUGAUGGUGAAGAAAACCCAUCGUGUUAGAAGCGAGACGCAAGUCUAAAAGAUUUAAGUUGGUCUAAGACGUAAUGGUGAAAACAAAACUUAAGUCAAAUAAUUUUAAGCAGGAUGGAAAACUGGAAGGAUAAUGUUUGUUUUUUUCUGGAUAUAGAGGAUAAUAUUCCAUUGGAGCUAGAAGGUGUGCAUGUUCAUGUCUUCUGCCUUUGAAAAGGAUAACAGCUGGUAACAAAAUUCUGAUACGAAUUUCUGCAUAGGAAUGCAUACCGUAGACUGAUCAAUGACAUCCCGUCUCUCUCUGGGCAAUGCUAGUUACAUGCCCCUCCACAAUGUACUCUAGCUCUGUGGGGACAGGCUUUACCUCACAUUGGCAGUUCAUGCCACAAAUUUGCCUUUUUAUUUUAUAGACACUUUGGCAUGUCUUUGGGCUUUUAUUACUUCACACUCACACCCUUCCUCUGCCAUCUUAGACAUAAAGCUAAGUGCAAACCCUCACUCCUUUUAAUGAAGAGGAUGUCGUUUUACUUCUAAGUGCACAAAUUAGUGUAGCUCUACUAGCACACUGUAGGAGUCACAAUUGACCAUUUCAGCACAAACCAGAGAGUUCUAGAGCUAGUAUAGAAAAACAAUCUGCAGCUGUCGAAGCUUUCAGUCACACUGAUGUUUUAUUUGCUGCUGUCAACCUCCAUCAGGCCUUGCAUAUCUCUAGUGUCUCUCAUUAGAGUUUAAGUUCUUCAUCAUUCCUAGAAACUCUCCACAGGAUCUCCUUGUCUCCUCCCCAGGGGGCUAUUUGUAUGACAUUAUGUGAGUUGAUGUUUUGGUCCCCAGGGUGGAACUGGCCCACAUCCUCAAGUGGUGGAGCUCAGCAGCCAGUCAUAACUGGAAUAUUUGACCCAGCCUGUUAAAGGUGAAAGGUCAAAAACAACAUGGUACUGCUGUCUGUGAAAAUAGACGUAAACUGUAUGUAAAAUGUAUGAAAGGAACAUAUAUUGCUGUAACAAAUCUCAGACAUUAAUGAUUGAUAUUCUAAAUGUUGUUAGUUUUAUUGAUAUUCAGAUUCUUUUUUAACAUUACUUCCACAUUUGCAGUGAUCUGAAAACUGUUAUUCUGUGGAGCGGAUCAGGACAACCAGUGCAUGUGGGACUGGAAUGAAGGAUUACGGGUUGGUGCCACAACACAAGAGGUCAAACAAUAACCUGACAUGUUCAAUGAGUGUGAAUUCUGUAAGAGCUCCUUUAAGUGGCCCAUUAAAACUGGCUUCAUUGUU